AGCCCAAGUGCUGAAGCUCGUCCUGUUGGCAGGGGGCAGGGGACAGCAGCCAGGGAAUAAGGUGUCCAGAGGAGAGACAUGGAGCCUCCGCGAGGCUGGGGGCCGCCACCCUGGAGCCCGGCACCCAAGGCUGACGCCCUGAGCCUGGCCUUGUAUCUCCUCCUCCUGGGGUCCCCCCGCUACACCCUGGCGACGCCCCAGUGCAAAGAGGAGGAGUACCCAGUGGGGACUGAGUGCUGUCCCAAAUGCCUUCCAGGUUACCGCGUGAAGCAGGCCUGUGUGGAGUUGACUGGCAUGCUGUGUAUUCCCUGCGCCCUGGGGACCUUCUUAGCCCACCUCAACGGCCUGAGCAAGUGUCUGCCAUGCCGACCCUGUGACCCAGCCAUGGGCCUGGUGAUCAGGCGGGACUGCUCGAGCACGGAAAACACCGAGUGUGGCUGCGACCAAGGCCACUUCUGCGUUAGCGAGAAGGGGGAUGAUUGUGUCGAGUGCCAGCCCCACACGACCUGCAGACCAGGCCAGAGGGUGCAGGAGAGAGGCACCGAGCAGCAGGACACGGUGUGUGAAGACUGCCAGCCCGGGACCUUCUCUCCCAAUGGGACCCUGGGGGAGUGCCGGCCCUGGACCAAGUGCAGCGGCCUCUUUGAGAUGGAAGUGGAACCUGGGACUAGCAGCACAGACGUCACGUGCUCCUCCCGGGGCCUCAGUGUUCUUGUGGGCGUUCUCGUGCUUGUGUUGGCUGGCCUGAUAGUCCUCUGCGUGUGGAUGAAAAUGAGAAGGACACCUGAUGGAUUCACCCCAGUGAGAUUCCUCUCUCAGUGGACACGUCCUGGUGUAGGACGGGAAGACACAGCCGCCCAGGCCCUGCAGCCCACGCCGGACGUCACCACGGUGGCCGUGGAGGAGACAGCAGCCAUGUUCCCUGAGGAGCAACAUGCUGACCGACAGCCUCAGAUGCAGCCAUCUGAAUCCCUGACUGUGUCUGCCGAGAGCUGCCAGGCCCUCAAGGGCUGAACUGGGGACCAGGGCAGCCGGUAGGACCCACUCCUGGGCUUGCUUCAGACUCCAUCCAGCAGAGACAGAGACAGUCCACUGCUCAGGGGGCUUUGAGGACCCCACACACCUCCCCA